GCUCCGUGCGCAGCACCCACUGUGCACGACUGUUCGCAUCAUGGCCCCAACGUCGGCGCCUAAAGGCUCCGCCGCCUGUGCCUAUCACCCAGCGCUCCUCCACCGCAACAAACAAGGCCACCUGGUGUCCAUGGCACCUCGCUACCUAGUUGGGUCACCACGCCAACGACGUCCACUUGGGUUGUCUGGCCUUCGGCACCCAGCCAGUCUAUUUUGCCAGCGACUCCCACUUGGGUGA